AUGUCCUCCAUUUUAACAGCCUUUGUCGGCUCACUCGAAGCCGCCGCGAGCGUUUUGCUUACAGUUUUCUAUGGCACUCUCGCUGGAUAUCUUGGGCUCGUGAACAAUAAAUCUGCGGUUCAUCUCUCGAAAUUAGCUGUCAAGUUGUUCAUGCCCUGUCUGUUAUUCGUCAAUGUUGGGUCUGGCAUCAGCACAGACACUAUUCUAAAAUUUGCACCUAUAAUUAUCUGGUCAUUCGGAUAUAACAUCAUCUCAAUUGUCCUUGGGACUACUGCGACCAAAAUCUUCAGGUUACCCGGAUGGGUAACUCCAGCAAUCACUUUCAAUAACGCAACAUCCCUUCCCCUCCUUCUCCUGCAGUCAUUUUCAGCGUCGGGAGCUUUAACAUCCAUAUCUGGCGGAGAUUUGAGUGACGCCAUCCAUCGUGCCGAAAGUUAUUUUCUUAUAAACGCAGCUAUCUCCAACACCCUGACGUUCAGCCUUGGACCAACUCUCUUGAAGGUCAACACGGACAGAGAUAAUGAUGAGCCGAUCAUAGAACGAGAACAUACCGACCUUGUCUAUGUCGAGUCUUCCGAACGCGAAGAUGUUGCAGAGGAUGGUGGAGAAAGUACACCUCUGAUCGUGAAGAGAAAACCCAAAUCCUCCUGGGUUCAUUCAAUCCGUUAUUUUCUCUAUCAAUUUUGUAAUGCGCCUUUCUUGGGCGCUUGCCUAGGUGUUUUCGUCGGCUUGAUAAAUCCUUUGCACCAUCACUUCUUUGAUAAAGACGGGGUAUUUUUCGCAUGGUUAACUGUGAGUUUGAGCAAUGUCGGUAACCUGUUUGCGAGCAUACAAGUCAUUAUCGUUGGAGUUAAACUUCAUUCUACCUAUGAGAAGAUGCAGCAAGGGCAAGACUCUGGAUCCAUACCCAUUACCCCUACUGUUUGUGUACUUCUGGCUAGAUUUCUGAUAAUACCUGCUAUCAGUAUACCAAUUAUAUAUGGCCUCGCGGCCAAGACACACCUGCUCUCAGACGACCCAAUCCUUUGGUUUUCCAUGAUGAUGAUGCCUAUCGGACCGACUGCUUUACGUUUAACAGCGCUAGCAGAUGUGAGUAAAGCAGAUGAACAGGAGAAAAUGGUCGUAGCCAAGUUUCUGGCACUUUCAUAUCUCGUCACACCCUUGAUAAGUUUAUCAGCAGUCGCCAGCUUGAAAGCUUGCGAGAUCGCGCAAGCAGGAGCAGCUUAA